AUGUCAACAGAUUUAUCAGGUUUGGCUAUACGAGAAUCACAAUUAAAAGUAGAACUAUCUUCGAUCAAUGGACGAAUUGAAUCUCUCAUUCAACAGCGUGAAAUUGUCAAGGCCGAAUAUGAGCAGGUGAAACACCAACUUGCUGUAGCUAGAUUGAAGUCCAGUGAAACUUCAGGAGUAUGCACUGAAUACACUGAUCAACUAUUUCCCUGGACUGCAGAAUUGAAUCGUGUGCGUCUUGAACUUUUUCAUAUUGUUGAAUUUCGUCCUCUUCAAUUGCCUGCUAUCAACGCAUUCCUCGAUGGGAGGGAUGUCAUCCUAGUUAUGCCAACUGGCGCUGGGAAAAGCCUUGUUUAUCAACUACCGUCAUACCUCGAAACCCCAGAACAUCAAGGAACAUUUACUUUGGUGAUAAGUCCCCUCGUGUCAUUGAUGACGGAUCAAGCUAUUGGGCUACGGCGAUUGGGUAUUCCUGAGUCUUCGGUUGUGGUUCUUGAUGGAUCUUCUUCACCCUCAGAUCAGCAGAAGAUUCUUGUUUCUAUAAGUGGAGAUGAUAAAAAUAAAAAGUUGAGCAAAUCGAAGCGUCUCAUGAAUAGGUUGGAGAAAGCCUAUGCCAAAGGUCGUUUGGGCCGCAUCGCUGUGGAUGAAGUGCAUUGUGUGAGCCAGUGGGGUCAUGACUUUCGACCUGACUACAAAUUUCUUCAUGUACUGCGCACUCAAUUCCCCCAAGUGCCCAUUCUCGGACUCACUGCCACAGCAUCCACGGAGGUGGUUCUUGAUGUUCAGAAGAUGCUCGGUCUACAACAGCAGCGUUGUCUUGUUCUGAGAUCAUCGUAUAAUCGGCCGAAUUUGAGGUACAAGGUGCGUUUUCAAUCUUCCUCGAUUACCACUUCCUACUCUACUAUAUGUGAUCUUUUGAAGACAGAAUUUAGAGGUCAAUCGGGCAUUGUCUAUUGUAUUUCGCAAAAGGACACCGAGAGUCUGGCUGAAUAUCUCAACAAGGAGUCAAUCGGAGCUGCUUUCUACCACGCUAAUGUCGAUCCGUGUCGUCGUGAACGAGAUCAUAUCGCUUGGUUGGACGGGAAACUUCAAGUUAUUGUUGCCACAGUGGCCUUUGGAAUGGGAAUCGACAAACCUGAUGUUCGAUUCGUGAUUCACCUUUCGCCAAGCAAGAGUGUGGAGAACUACUACCAGGAGUCGGGUCGUGCAGGACGUGAUGGGCAGCCAAGUCAAGUGAUUUUGCUAUGGCGCCUAUCAGAUCUCUUCCGUCUAGCCAACAUGGUUUUUGCUGAACAGACUGGUCUUCCGAAACUAAACCAGAUGAUUGGCUAUGUUGUGGAAACUAAGCGAUGCCGCAGACAGUUAAUUGCUGAGGGUCUGGGGUACUCGGACUGGCGAGCUGAUCAUUGUGAAGAGUUUUCAUGUGAUAUAUGCUCAAGAGUCGACGAUUCACCUGGAUAUGAGAUUGAUGCCAGCGAUUUUGUCAAGAGAAUGUUUGAUGUACUCGAUGAGAACCGACGUAGAUCUCAACGUCUGACAGGAGUCAAAUUGGUUGACUUGUUAGUGAAAGACAGUGGAGUUGCAGAUGAACUCUCAAAUAGGCUAUCGUUCCACUUGAACCGUCGGCAGCACAUUCGUCUUUGUGAAUACCUCCUCUCUUGGUGUCUUUGUCACGGGGUCCUAACACUGGAUUUUCAUUUCACGCCAUACUCUACCAUUGCAUAUGUCGUAGCGGCUUCAGUGAAGGGAGUUGACAUGAAGGUUCGGCUUCCUGAUGAUGUUUUGACUGGUGAAGAAACACCGAAGGCGUCAAGAAAACGAGCUCCUCCUACUCCAACUAUUGAAUUGGACUCGGAUUAA